CGUAUUUCCGGUGUCAUGUCAGCUUCCUGUCGGAGCCACAUGUCCUGUAACUGUCUCUGUGAUUGAAUCUUUAUGUUUUUUACAGCCUCGUGGUUUUCAGUGAAGUUUUAAUGCAGCAGAACAUCGAGAGAUGGCAGAAGUUGUACCAGAGAAAAGUCGCGGCUUGAAGUUUGCCGAGCAGCAGCUCCUGCGUCACGGUUGGGAACAAGGUAAAGGACUCGGCCGAGAGGAGAACGGCAUCUGUGAAGCCAUCAAGGUCAACGUGAAGUGCGGCAAAGGAGGGGUCGGCCACAAGGAAGGAGACCAGUUCACCUUCCACUGGUGGGAUCAUGUCUUCAAUAAGGCCUCCUCCAGCCUGCAGGUGGAGUCUGAUCAGGACGGCAUUAAACUGACGAAAACGGUGGAGGAAGACGAAGAUGGAAUGAUCUCCAAUAAAAGACCACGGAAGGCUUGGCUGGCUAAAGACAAACUUUAUGGAUGCUUUGUCAAAUCGGCCACUCUGCUGUCUGGUCAGGAGCAGCCGGAGCCCAAGGCGUCGGAGUCGGACGACAGCAGCAGCAGCUCAGACGAGGAGGACGACUGGAGGCUGGAUCUGUCCAGCACCACCAAGCUCUCUGAUGCUGACCUGAUGAAGGCUUGUGGAGGACGCACGGCUCACAAAGGAGCCAGACAUGGACUGAACAUGAGUGCCAAGUUAGCCCGGCUGGAGCAGCAGGAGGCUGAGUUCAUGGCCAAGUACGGCAAGAAGAGCCAACCACCUGCUGCCUCGCCGGUUUGUGGUAAACCAGCUCCACCGACCUCCAAGGCCGCUGAUGAGAGAGCGGAGCAGCCGGAGGAGACGGCUGACGAAGCCCCGAGCACAAAGAUGAAGAAGAAGAGGAAGAGCUCCACUCCGAGCGUUAUCCAGGUGUCUGAAAGUCCUGGAGCGGGUGUUAAUCCCAAAAAGAAGAAAAAGAAAAAGAAAGCCGAUGAAGAGGUAACUGAUGCAGUUUCCACGGAGGAUGUGAUCUGUGUAGAAAACGGUGAAACAGAACAGUCUCACAAAACAAAGAGGAAACAAAAGAAGAAGAAGAAGAAUAAAGCGGAGCAGAAUGAAGAAGAAAUAACGACUUCUCCUGCUGCAGAGAGCGAGAGCCCGGAGGAGACGGCCGAGCUGCACUCAGUCACUAAAGAGGAGAAGAAGAAGAAGAAGAAGUCUUCCAAACAUCACAGUGAAGUAGAGGAGAGUAAUGAGACAGAAUCCAGCCAAUCAGAGCCGGCCCAGGACUGUGCUCCAAGAACCAAAAAGAGAAAAGCUGCAGUUUUAAUGGAAGAAGCUGAAGUUGCAGAAGUAGAAUCGACAGUAAAGCAAAAAAGGACAAAAUGUAAAAAGGACAAACCAGUGGUUGAUGACAAAGUAAACGAGGAGGCGCCUGCUCCAAAGAAGAAGAAGAAGAAAAAGAAGUGCAAAGAGUAGAACUGGACCAACAUGGACGUUUAUGAACAGAGUGAUCAUUACUGUUAAUCAGCUUUAAAGUGCUUUAAAGGGCACUUGUAGCUCAAUAUAGCUAUAACAAGAAAUCUCUUCUGCUUCUUCUUCACUGCUCUAAAAACAGUUCUUGCCAGUGCAGCUCAACUGCUGUUCUGGAGUGGUGAAGAAGAGAGCAUUCGGUUUUAUAUGCGAGAAGCUGUUCUACUUGCGUGGUUUCAGAUCGGUGCAUGGAUUCACAUGCUUGUUGUCGCCUGACCCGGUGUUUCCAGCAGUAUCCCAAGUACUCUAGUACAUCUGUAGUAAUGAGAUUACCUCCAGCUCUUGGGCCUCUUGUGCCGACUGAACGAGUUUCGAAGUUAAAAGAGCUUGUUGGAAAAAUUCCAAGUGAGGAAAUCGGGUCACGUUGAUUAUUUAUUUGCAGACGGGAAAUUUCCGGCUUUUACGAUUGUUGGUUAUUAAAAUGAAUUACGUGACAUCAAUUAAUGUAAUUUAAUGCUGUAAAUGAUUGUUUUGACAAGUCGGCUGAUCUCCAGACUGCUGCCCAGCUUUUUUAAACUGACUCUUUAAAUCACAGAGAUGUUUACUUUUGUGUUUUGGGUUCACGUGUUGACCUCGACAUGGGAAGUAUGUGUUUUUAGCUGAAAAUUCAAUGACUUGAAGACCUCACAUUUCAUAUUGUGCGUGUGAGUCAGUGUUGUUACUGCACCACAGACCGACUCCUCUAUGAAGGAGCUGAAAUCUGCUGCUGCAUUUGAGUACAAGGACAAACUACUAGGUUUGGAUUUUAUAUGCAAAUGAAUGAUGUGUCACGUCAAA